CUUACAUUUUUUCCUAAAUAUAGUUCAAAUGAAUUUUGAUGAUUGUAGACCUGAAGAAAUGUGGGAGGAAUGUGACAACAAAGAAGGUCAUAAGUUUUCAGUUUCUGGUCUUUCAGAAUUAUCUACGCUGUGCAUCUGUAAAAUGAUAAUCCCAAAAUGUAAACCUUCAGACAUUCAACUGUCAGGUGAGAUUGGAGAAGAGACAGUGAAAUCUGUCAUUGAUAUACUGAAAGUUGAAAAGUACACACCCAAAAAUCUGAGCUUCAGAUUACACAGCAAGAACACAUCUGAGGCUUCUGUGAAGGAAGUUUGCUGCAUUGAGUUUACAGACAACAUCAUGAAAAAAAGUGUAUGGCAGUUAUCUCAAAAUAAAGAAGAUGAUAUGAUACUUCGCUAUUAUGGUGGUAGUUCACAGUUAAGUAUUACAUUCUCUGGUGUUUGCACUUAUAAUUUGAAGAACAUCUGCAAAAUGGUUAUUCCAAACUUUAAGCCUGAAGUAGUUGAACUGGAUGGCGAACAAAGUGAACAAAUUGUAGCAUUUAUCAUGGAAAUAAUGGGAAAUACUGAUUUCACUCUCAAACAUCUGAGGAUAAAGAAUAGUAAUCUAAGUCAUGAAUCAGCAGAAAGAAUCUGGAAUAUUCUGGCGGAAGAAAUCAAAAUGAAACAUGUUAACUGGGAACUGAAAUCAGGGAAGCAUGAAAGUGGAUUUUUCAUGAAAUACAACAUUGACCAGUCUGAAUCCAGCUUUUCUGUUGAUAACAUCAAUGAAGUAAAAAUAUCAAACAUCUGCAAAAUAAUAAUUGCAAAAUUCACACCUAUCAAUAUAGAAUUAUCUGGAGAGCUUGGUGAGCAUACAAUAAAGUCUGCAAUUGAAAUACUGUAUUCUGAAGGAUAUGCUACUGAACAUUUGAGGAUAAGGAGUAAAACUCUGACUGAAGCUUCAGCAGAAAAUAUAUGUGUCAUUCUCCCUGUAGACAAUAAAAUUAAAAUUAUGAAAUGGGAAAUAAAUAAAGGUGGUAAAACGUACUUUGAACUGGAACUUAAAAAUGCCAUUUCAGAAUCAAGGUUCUCAGUUUCUGGAUUCUCAGAAACUGUUAUGACAGGUAUCUGCAAAAUAAUAGUUCCAAAAUACAAACCUUCAGAGAUAAACAUUUCUGGCGAGUUUGGACAAAAGUCAAUAAAAUCAGUAACUGAAAUAUUGAAAAACACAGAUUUUGUUCCACAGCACCUGAGUAUACGUGGUUUCAGUCUGAGUGACACGUCAGCAGAAGAUAUCUGCAGCCUCCUGUUUUUAGGCACAGAAGGGAAAAACAUGAGCUGGAAAUUUUCCCCACUGGAAGAAUCUGAUUAUAGAUCGUGUCAUGCUGAAACGUGGAGCACACUGAAAAGUAAAGUGAAUGGUUGUGAAACAAGCUUCUCAUUUUGUCAGAAAUCAGAAUGUAAUGUAAUAAAUAUCUGCAAAAGAAUAAUCCCAAAAUAUAAACCUUCAGAAAUUAUACUAACUGGUGAGUUUGAUGAGGAUAUUUUGAAGUCUAUCAUCACAGUCUUUAAAGAUGAAGACUAUAACCCUGAUUACCUGAGGUUACUUAUCUGGGAACUGCCUGAAACAUCAGCAAAAUAUAUCUGCACCAUUUUAACUACAGAGAUAACACUGAGGAAUAACAGCUGGGAAUUAAUGUGCUUUCAUACAUUAGACUUUACUUAUGAUGAUGUUAUUUUUAAACCAACUGUCACACUCAAGUAUGAAGCAGGUGUCGCCGAAUCAAGGUUGUCGUUGUCUGGUCUCAAUGAACUGAAUAUGAUAAAUCUCUGUAAAAUAAUAGUUCCAAAAAAUAAACCUGCAGAUUUCAGUCUUUCUGGUGAAUUUGGUGAAGAAACAAUGAAAUCAUUUUUUGAAAUUCUGAAAAAUGAAGAUUACACUCCUAAAAAUGUCAGAUUACAGAUUCGGAACCUGACUGAAGAAUCAGUGGAAAAUAUCUACAAAUUUUUGCAUACAGAUAUUAAAAUGAAAUAUGUGAGCUGGAAAUUUUUUGAAGAUUAUACUGAAUAUGAUGAUGAGCUAUCUGAUGAGCAUAACCAGAUUAUUCUUAAAUAUGAAGCUGAAAGUUCUGAGACAAGUUUAUCAGUCAUUAGCAUGUAUUCACCUGAGGUGAUGGACAAGUGCCAUAACAAAAUCAUUAAAUAUAGACCCCAAAACAUCAUUCUUUCUGGAGCACUUGGUGAAAAGACAUUGAAUGAUUUUUUUCAAAUUCUAAAGAAUGAAAACCACGUUCCAAAAUACCUAAGCAUAGGCUGCAGGAUUCUAAAUAAUGCAACACUGCAAAAUAUGUGCACUUUCCUGACCUCAGACAGUGAAAUGAAAACUAUGAGCUGGGAAUUAUUUCACCGUUUUGGUGAUGAGGAGGAUUUUGACAAGAAAAACUGGAUUUCUUUGAAACAGGAGGAUCAUGGUUCUUCAAUAAGACUUUUGCUCUCUGAUAUCUCUGAAUAUAUUCUUUUGGGAAUAUCUAAAGUGAUAAUACCAACAUAUAAACCUACAGAGAUAUAUUUGUCUGGAAUGCUUGGUGAAGAGUCAAUAAUUGACUUUAUUGACAUGUUGAAAAAUCAAGAUUACAUACCAAAAUGUCUGAGGAUAAAGACUGACAGUCUGACUGCGGCUUCAACAGGAAACAUCUGUGCCAGUUUGUCUGCCUACAAAGAAAUGAAAUCUCCAAAAUGUCCACGGCCAGAAGCUAAAGAUGGCAAGCAUUGAUGCUUAAAGGAGAUUCCAAUAUUUGGAUUCCAGCGCCACCUCUGGAUGUUUCAUUGUUGAGUUAACCAUUCCAGUAGCAUGAAGGCUAUGCUUAAAAAAUAACAUUAACCAAAAAUAAUUUAGUGUUUCGACUUCAACACUAAAAUUACUUGUAUUCGUUCUAGUUAUAGCAGAGAACGACAACAUGAAAGAGUAUGGCAGAUCAAUUCAGUACGGAAGAACACUUUUAAUUUUAAAUUUCAUAAAAUGACAAACCAAGAUGCACUUUUUUAUUUACUUUAUUUUAUAUUUACAGAAAAUUGGUAAUUCUUUUUU